AUGACACCCCCGGUGCCGCCCCAUAUCCUCGUCGUCGGAGCUGCAUACAGUGGGCUCUAUGCCGUCCUGAACCUGCUCAACAUAUGUGACGGCAAGCCGCACUUCCCGUCUGUGAUGAACCUGAGUCCCAUUCGCAAGCCUGACGUGCCGCCGCAGAUCACGAUCGUGGAUGAGAGAGAUGGCAUCUUCCACACGAUGGGAACGCCACUGGUGCAUGUCGAGAACAAGGUGACCGAAAGCGCAUGGAUCCGGUACAGCGACAUACCGGCCCUGAAGCGGGCGAACGUACACAUCCUGCAAGGCCGCGUGGUCGAGAUCGACCCGCUUCGGAAAUGCGCCUUCUGGAGGAGCAGCGCGGCGUCCGAAAACGACCCCGACCGAGUCCUGCAGUAUGACUACCUCAUCGCUGCCACGGGACUGCAGCGAGACUGGCCCAUUUUGCCCCGGUGCUUCACGAGACAGCAAUAUAUCCUGGAUGCCAAGGAGCAUAUUGCCAAGCUGAAAGCAACACGGAAUCAUCCGAUCGUCGUAAUUGGAGGGGGAGCCGUGGGAACUGAAUUUGCAGCCGAAAUCAAACACCACUACCCCGACCACCGGGUCAUACUGAUCCACUCUCGAGCCAGCCUCCUGUCAAACGAGCCCCUGCCAGAGGAAUUCAAGGAAAAAGCCCUGGCCACACUCAAGGCCGAAGGAGUCGAGGUCAUGUUGGAGACUCGAGUGAUGAACGAGACGACGCAGACAGCCCCGGACGGCGAAUCCCAGGAAAUCAGACUGAAGCUGUCGAACGGCGACGAGAUCAUUGCCGGACACACGAUCUGGGCGACGUCUCGCCAUUUGCCUCGAACGGAGUUCCUCCCGCCGGAAUCGCUGAACGAAGAGGGAUACGUCAAGGUUCUUCCAUCUCUGCAAUUCGCUGCCACCAUCCCCAACAAUCACGUCCAUUUCGCCGUAGGCGACAUCGCAGCUUGGUCCGGGAUCAAACGUGUCGGACGGGCACUGUCAAUGGGCCAGUGCGCAGCCGUCAACAUCCUCAAGCUCAUCACGGCCGAUGUUACACCAGUGGUCAAGCAGAGCAACAGCAGCAACAGCAGCAGCAGCAGCAGGGAGGGAGAAGCGGGAGACAUCGACGGUCCCGAGCUGCAGGUCUACCCAUACGUGCCACCCAUGAUCGCGCUCGCGUUGGGAAGCACGGCUGUAACGUAUCACCCGGACAUGGGUGUUUCUGGGGGAGAAGAGGCUUACAAGACGUCAUUUGGGACGGACCUGGGGUUGUCGAUUAGGUAA